CCGCGGCUCUGCGUGGCGGGCCUCGGCGCCAUGGGGCCGCGGCCCGCCACGCUCGGCCGGCCGGCGGAGGACCCCCCCGCGCGGCGCGAGGAGGCGCCGCGCCUCGCCGGCCUGGCCAGGGCCGUGGAGGACCACGUGGCCUCGUUUCGGCCGCGCACCAGAGAUCACUCUUGCCCCGGGGCACUCCUUGCGUGCAGCCGAUGGGAGGAGAGGCGGGGGGAGCUCGAGCUCGAGCACCUCGCCGGAGGCGGGGCCCCGAGCGCGAAGCCCGCGGCCGACCGGGCCAGGGCCAACCGGGCCGCCAGGAAGCGGUUCUUCCGGCUCUGGUUCGACGAGCUGGUGUUCCCGCGGUGGUGGGCCGUCCCCGGUCUUCUGCGGCCUGCAGCUGGCCUGCUUCUUCCAGACGGGCGACAGCCUGUUCGGCAACCUCACCGGCGGCGUGGUCGAGAGCCUCCACCUCGCCACCAACCGGCGGCCCAUGGUCUGGCACUUCUUCGGCGGGAUGGCGAUGUGGGCGGUGGCCGCCGUGCAGUUCCUGGCCAAGCCGUUCCGGCACGGCCGCCUGGCCUUCGUGCACCGGGCGCUGGGCAGGCUGUUCUUGCUGCUCUGGGGGUGCCUCGUCGGGCCGACGGCGGUCUACCUGAGCCUCUUCUGCGGGACCGGGCCGCUGCGGGCGCAGUUCUGGAUGACGGUGUUCGCGAUCGUGUCGGUCGACACCGCCCUGCACUCCUACUACUUCUUCUGGAGGGCCUGGGUGAUCAUCCGCCGGCGCGCGAGCGAGGACUCGGUCCUGCUGCACCGCAAGGCCGUGACGGCGGGAAGCUUCUUCACGAUGACGAUCCUGUGGCAGCGCCCCCUGCAGGCCUUCGCCUUCAUAGGCCUGCGCAGGGCCCUGCUGCACGCGGCCCAUGCGCUGCAGGCGGAGUGGCCUCGGCACGUUGCCCUGAACCUGCUGGACCACAACGUGGGCCUGGCCGUCUCCACGGCCGCCAUCGGCUUCCCCUCGCUGCUGCUGGACGGCCCCAGGUCGUGGCUCGCGAGGUCCGUCCUGGACAUCUCGGACGAGCAGGCGGAGGAGCUCUACGGCUCCCGCGUGCCGGGGCCGAGGGAGGUCCUCUUCUGGCGCCUGCGGCACCCGCUGUACCUGGUCCUCCGCGCGCUGAUCACGGACUUCUGGACGGUGAUCUGAGGGAAACAGGAACAAAGAAGCCCUCGACACGGGCGGACGCGCGACAACGAACCCACCAGAGUUAGGCGGGUAGCAAUGCCGCAAGCCAGAUCCUGCCCGUGGAGUGUGCCUCGGAGCCCGCAUGCCCUCGACUGUACCAAAGGACAUGCGUUCACGCAGCAACCACGUAGGGCAGCGACCACGUCUCUUUUAUUCAGGGGGGCCAGCACCUGCGCAUAGCAGGCGUAGGUUCGCCAGCCUGCAGGUCCGGACGCGCAGGGAGAAUUGCAUACGUACGGUGCUGCCUGAAGCCAUCUGGCUGGCAGGCUCUGUUUCGUGAUUCUGUUACCUCGGCCACCCCCCUGCGCAGACAGUAGUGAGGCGCACCGCUCUUGAGCGACCUGCCUCUAGAGAAAGACCCGCCCACUGGCCGCCGCCGAUCUCCGGCUCUUCGUCCUCCUCCUCCUCCUCCUCCUCCUCCUUCUUCGCAGCUGGCCAGGCGUGUCUCUGAUGCACGCUGCGUGGAGCUCGUGGG